CAAUGGGGGCCGGAUGUCACGCUUGUGGCCAGGAGUGGGCGAAUCAUUCGCUUUCAGCCCCCAAAUUGGGGCUUAGUGAGCCUUUGCUUACCUCUAGCUUCCGUGCAACAAAAUAACUGUCUACAAAUAUGUAUCCGGCAUUCGGCCCUACUGACUUCUCUCUAGCAAAGUCAUCUCCUCUGAAGCUCACAAUAUGUCGCUGCCGCCGGCAGAGGCGAAGAAGGAAGCCACGAAGGGGAAGAGUUCGAGGACGACAUAUGAAACCAUCAAACAAGGGGUGAAGCAACUCUACCCACCAGAAACGGCCACCAACCCUACGAACAUUGAUAUUGUCUUCGUUCCAGGGUUAGGAGCCAAUCCUGAGGAGAGCUGGAAAAAAGGCGAUUUCAACUGGGCUUCAGACAAGAAUGGCACAGCAAAAGACUAUCCCAAUGCUCGAGUGCUGCUCUAUCUCUAUGAGUCGGCUUUUCAUGGACCACUCAAAGUUGACCAAUUUAUGGACAACAUCGCGAAAGGGCUCCUCCAUGCUCUUCAAUCAAAACGAGGGGAACAAAUAAACCGACCCAUUGUCUUCAUAGGGCAUAGCAUGGGAGGGCUAGUAAUCGCCAAGGCUGUCACCAUGAUGGAUACACAACGUGACACGUUCCGCAAAAUGUUCGAAGCAACCGCAGGAUGUGUUUUCUUUGGUUCACCUUUCAAUGGUGCUGAGGCUGCCUCAGUGGCCGCAAUGUUCGCAUAUGUCGGCGACAAGUUCGGCCAGGCCACCACAAGCAAACUGCUUGAUCUCAUGAAGCCUGGUGAUGCCAGCUUGCGUGAAUUGAGGGCAGAUUUCAUGCGCCUGGUCAUAAAACUCCCGACCAAGAUUGAGCUUUACUGCUUUUGGGAGAAUCACGACACUGACCCCGCCAAAAUGGCUUCCGAGUUUAUAGCCAAACGGGAGCCCGCUAUGACGGGCGGGCGGAUCUCGAACGUUUUGUAUGACAUCUUCAAACAAGCUAAGGCACCUUUCAAGAUCGUGGAGCGCGAAUCUGCGACGUUUGGCGAUGUGGUAGAGAACCUAGGGCUUGCAUGCAACCAUCGAGAUCUGGUCAAAUUCGACGACUUCAAAGACCCUCGUUACCAGAUGAUUAGAGACCCACUCAAAAAAAUCAUCCACGGCGCUCCCUUGGUUGUAAAGAAUAGGUUGAACGCAACUCGAGAUAUUGAUCUGAACGCCAUAAAAAGCAUCACAGAAGCACUGGAAGUGUCGACAAUCUCAAGAAAGAAGGUCUCCCAAAAGUUCACUCCCUCGUCAUGGCUACCCACAGACAAACAAUUUUCGGAGUGGCUGGCAAAAGAUGAGGACCCCCAUUCUGAGCAAAAGCAACGGGGAGAUACAUUAUGGAUCUGCGGCUCUGAGGGACGUGGCAAAACGGGCGCAACUGUUGCGGCUCUUGAACAGGUUGACAAGGUUAUCAAAGAAGACGAGCACAGUGACAGCGGCAAAGCUCCAAUUCUGAUGGCAUAUUACUUCUGUGAUCCGACAUCAGAUGCUUCCACUGCAGAGGACUUGUUGAAGUCCUUGCUCCUCCAGCUCAUCCAGAAACAACCCUUGUUCGUCCCCUACGCAAAGCAGUUCACAAGACGCGAGAAACGGCAGGCUGUGCCUACCUCGGUGGAAAAUCUGUGGCAGAGUCUACAGGAUAUGCUGUCGGACGACAUAGCGAGUAGCAGGAUCUACUUCGUCAUCAACAACCUGCACGGUCUACCGCAGGAUUCCGAUUCUACGAAGAAGCUUUACGAUCUCAUCAGAGCCGAAAUGCAGACGAUGAAUGAUGAUGAUAUUGCCCGGGUUUCCAUCAGAUGGAUGUUCACGAGCAGGAAAUCGAACAAGAGCAUCAGUGAUAUCGUCAACAGCGGGAUGGUGCGGCUCAUUGACCUGGAAGACGAGAAGUACGCGAACCAGGUUCAGCUGGAACUGCGAAAACAUGCUCAAAAGAAGGUCGCCAUGCUGGGCAGUGAGAAGGGGUACAAGAAGGAUCUCGCCUAUUUCGUCAGCAGCUUGAUCGGAAACAGGGCGCAAAACACGGGUUGGAUCGAUAUGACGUGUGGUCAGCUUGAAGAGUUACCAGAAUCUGAGAACCCGUUGAAAGUGCGCCAGACUUUGAAGAAGCUACCUCAGCAACUGGAUGACCUCCUCGAUGAGGGAUGGAAGCAGAUUUUCGAUUCUAAUCCUUCACAGAGCGACAAGAUCAAGAACAUGCUUCAAGCCCUCGCCCUAACUUUUGAAGACCCCACCCUUGAUGAACUUACAGUACUGGCGGGUUGGCCUGCCGAUGCGGGCGCUGAAGAGCUGCGCGAUCUCGUUGGACGAUGCAAAUCCUUGCUCGUCCUCAAGGGGGACAAGGUGUGCUUCAAGAGUCCCAUUGUCAAGCCACAUCUGGUACGCCACGCCAAUCCACUGCUUGGUGUUACCGAGGAGGAGAUCAAAUGGCUCCACGGGGAACUUGCAUGGAGAUCCUUCUCUCACCUGCUGGACCGCUUUGACAAGGAAGAGCCGGCAGCACAAGAGGCGCCGGAAGGCGAAUCUGGUGAUGGUGCUGAACAAGACGAAGCCAAAUCCGAUGCGGCGCCGUCCGUUACAGGAGAAGAAGAACAAGAACCUGAGAAAGACGAUGAAGAUGAGCAAGAAGAGAAAGUGGAGGAGGAACAGGAGGAAGACGAGGAAGACGAGGAAGACGAGGGAGAAGAUGAUACAGACGAUGACGAUGACGACGACUCCUCGGUCAUGUCUGAGCCUGAAAUCACUGCACUGCCAUACAUGGUGAAGCAUUGGCUCCAUCACGCCAGCAAAUCCACCAUGGAGUUGGCCGAGGACCUCAGUCUUCAAGAGAGCUUUUGGAAGCCUGACUCAAUCAUACGCGCUCGAUGGCUAGCCCAAUACGAAUACUUGACAAGCCAAUACGAGGAUCUGGAUUACAAGAGUCUUUCUGCACUCCAUGUGGCAGCUUCAGCUGGCUUCCGGCAGUUAGUUGCUGCCCUCAUGGACAACGGUUAUCAAGAUGAACUGCAUCUGAACGACUCUCUGGUCAACCAGCCGGUGUGUCAUGGUCCCUUUUGGAUUAGCUUAUUGCAUGCAAUGCUAACUGGUAACCUUAGCUGCACCUGGCUGCUUUCUUUGGUCGGCCUAAUAUCGUCGAAGAGCUGAUAUACAGAGGCGCUCCUGUCGAUGGAGGCAAGGAAACAAAGAACGCGACACCGUUGCUCAUGGCAGCAUCUAACGGGGCUGUCAAGGUGAUGAGCAUGCUUCUGGCUGCGGGAGCAGACCCAAACGCCUUGUCUUCGCAGAGUGGAUUACCGUUGACCAGCGCCAUCGAU